AUGUUGCGCGCACUUGUCUAUCUGUUGGUCGCUUCGGCGGCCGCUGAACAUGUUCGCGAAUUCACCGUCAGAGAGAACGCUCGCGCCGGUACUCUAGUUGGCCAUCUGGGUGAUGAGCUUCCCGACGCCGCCCCACCGUACACGAUAGUCCCCGUCCCGGGUAGUGCCGUAAAUGACGACCUUAAAAUAGACCCCCACACUGGUGAAAUACGGACACGAGUGCCAUUAGAUAGAGAGAAUAGGGACCAUUACGCUCUAGUCGCUAUCCCCGCGAGCGGAGAUAAUAUCCGCGUAGUCGUCCGCGUUUCCGAUGAAAACGAUAACGCGCCUACAUUCCCAACUGCUAUCAUGAACGUUGAGUUCUCUGAAAAUACACCCAGAGACGUUAAAAGAAAACUUAAUCCUGCCAAAGAUCAGGACCUAGGCAUUUUUAACACCCAACGGUAUAAUAUAGUAUCUGGCAAUACAGAUAACGCGUUCAGACUAUCAUCGCAUAGAGAACGAGAUGGUGUUUUGUAUUUGGAUCUGCAAAUCAACGGUUUUCUUGAUAGAGAAACUACAGAUCACUAUAAAUUAGUUAUAGAAGCUUUAGAUGGAGGUACUCCACCAUUAAGAGGGACGAUGACGGUAAAUAUUACAAUUCUAGACGUAAAUGACAAUCCCCCAGUAUUCGCUGAAAGUGCUUAUUCGGCUAUGAUCCCCGAAAACGCUACAGUAGGAACAGCUGUAUUAAAAGUAUUUGCAAUAGACUCUGAUGCGGCUGAAAAUGGACUCAUUGAGUAUUCUAUCAACCGCAGACAAAGCGAUAAAGAAAAUAUGUUUAGAAUAGAUCCAGAUACAGGAGAAAUUACUGUAAACAAAGCUUUAGACUUCGAGACCAAAGAGUUGCAUGAAUUAGUUGUCGUUGCUAGAGAUAAAGGCGCGCAGCCUUUAGAAACGACCGCAUUUGUAUCCAUACGUGUUACAGAUGUGAAUGAUAAUCAGCCGACAAUAGACGUGAUAUUUUUGAGUGACGAUGCCACACCAAAAAUUUCUGAGGCGGCGCAGUUGGAUGAAUUUGUUGCCCGAAUAUCUGUUCACGACCCAGAUUCUAAGACGGAAUAUUCAAACGUUAAUGUAACAUUAAGCGGUGGCGAUGGACAUUUCGAUUUGCGAACGCACGAUAAUAUCAUAUACUUAGUGGUAGUUGCUUUACCGUUAGAUCGAGAAUCUCAGUCGUCGUACACGCUGAAUGUAGUUGCAACCGAUAAAGGCUCGCCCCCGUUACACGCUUCGCGUAUAAUCAAUCUACGGGUGACAGAUGUUAAUGAUAACCCUCCAGCAUUUCUGGAGAGCGUUUACAGAACUAGUGUACCCGAAGCUGCAACUGCUGGUACUCCGGUCAUUCAAGUAUCUGCGAGUGAUGUUGACGAAGAUGAAAAUUCGGAUAUUCGUUACUCUUUGCUUCCCACUGCUCAAUCUGAUUGGUUUUCCAUUGAUGAGCGUUCUGGUCUCGUUACUACUCGGUCUCGUGUAGAUUGCGAGACAAACCCCAUGCCUAGUUUGACGGUGGUGGCGAGCGAUCGUGGCAGCCCUCCCUUAUCCUCCACCGCGACUCUCCUGGUAACAGUUCUGGAUGUGAAUGACAACGAGCCGAUCUUCGACCAGUCUUUCUACAAUGUCACCGUGCCUGAGAAUGAAGCAGUUGGCAGCUGUAUUUUAAAGGUAAGUUGUAGUCCGUAA